AUGGAUCGUAUUCAUGAUUGGACGGUCGAUGUUGUGAACUUGUGGGGAUGCACUAUAGUUGAAAGACGAGCAAUUUUUGGGUGCUUCAGCGGACUAGUCACUUGUGAUCCUGGAAACAUCAACUACAUACUCAAAACCAACUUUUCCAACUUCCCUAAAGGAGAUGAUUUUAAAGAGACAUUAGACAUAUUUGGUGAUUCGCUAAUAAUGGAUUCUCCUUCGUGGAACGAUCAUAGGAGCUUGACAAGAAGAGCUCUCAUGUCAAAUCUAUCACGUAACGUUAUAGCUGGUACAAGCAAGAAGGUAGUGCAAGAUUCACUCAUCCCUUUUCUAGAUCACGUUGCCAAAAAUUCUCUGGUUAUUGACUUACAAGAUAUGUUCUUGAGGUAUACCUUUGACACUUCUUUUAGUGUCCUAUUCGGAAGAAGCGCAAAUUAUCUUUCGACCGAUCUUCUUCCUAAUGAGCUUGCACAAGCUCUUGAUGAUGCUAUGGAGGCUUUGUUUUAUAGGAACGUAAUGCCCAACGCAUGUUGGAAAUUAUGCCGACGAUUGAUGAUUGGUAGUGAAAGAAAAAUGAAUAAGGCGUGGAAGACUAUAGAUCGGUAUUUGGAGAUGCAUAUUAAGGCCAAAAGAGAAGAUAUGAUCAAAGGGAUUGCAGAAACUAGUAGUCUAUGUGAAGGAGAUAUGAGAAACCUUAUACAAAAAGAGAAUGAUGAGGUAUUAAUACACGAUGACAAAUUCGUUAGAGAUGGUGCUAUGUCGUUUUUCAUCGGCGCAAACGAUACAACAGGUACAGCUCUUACUUGGUUCUUUUGGUUGGUUGCCAAAAAUCGGAAUGUAGAAGCGAAGAUUUUAGAAGAGCUAAAGCUUAUUGCAUUCUCAAAGAAGAACUUCCAAGAGAAAGAAAAGGGACCGAAGACGCCGUUGGUGUUUGAUAUUGAUGAUUUAAAAGAUGCUAUACAUCUACACGCUUCAAUAUGUGAAUCUCUAAGGUUAUACCCUCCGAUUCCACAUAACCGAAGGACUUCUCUGGAAAAAGAUGUACUUCCGGAUGGAACCAUAAUCGAUCCUGGGAUGAUGAUUGUGAUCUCCAUGUAUGCCGCCGGAAGGAUGAAGCACGUAUGGGGAGAAGACUGCUUGGAGUUCAAGCCAGAAAGAUGGAUCAAUGAAAAUGGGAAGCUAAACCAUGAAACUAUGUCUAAGUUUUUUGGGUUCAGCAUUGGACCUAGGAGUUGCUUAGGUCAAGAAAUGGCUUUUGUGAUGAUGAAGUUAGCAGCUUCAGCCAUGAUAUUGAAUUUUCAUGUGGAAGUUUUGGUGGAUCAAAUUAUUAAACCUAAACCAUCAAUUGUACUGAAAAUGAAGAAUGGUUUGAUGGUUAGAGUUGAGGAAAGGGUCCUUCAUGUGGAAUAA